AACGUUCCUCUCCUCUUCCAUCGUCGUCCUCGCCGCUCCCGGCCCCGCCUGUCUAGUCCCCUCUUCUCGCGUGCAACCCCUGUACUGUACGUGCUAGGCACACAGCUAGCUGCAGCUACAGCUGCAGGGCAGCAAAUGGUUUCCGGUGCGGGUCAUGGUGGGUACGGCGGCGGCGACGACGGGCAGGCCGUGGACUUCCGGGGCAACCCGGCGGACAAGUCGAGGACCGGAGGCUGGCUGGGCGCCGGGCUGAUCCUGGGCACGGAGCUGGCGGAGCGCGUGUGCGUGAUGGGCAUCUCGAUGAACCUGGUGACGUACCUCGUCGGCGAGCUGCACCUCUCCAACUCCAAGUCCGCCACCGUGGUGACCAACUUCAUGGGCACGCUCAACCUGCUCGCCCUCGUCGGCGGCUUCCUCGCCGACGCCAAGCUCGGCCGCUACCUCACCAUCGCCAUCUCCGCCACAAUCGCCGCCACGGGCGUGAGCUUGCUGACGGUGGACACGACGGUGCCGAGCAUGCGUCCGCCGGCGUGCCUGGACGCCCGCGGGCCGCGCGCGCACGAGUGCGUGCCGGCGCGCGGCGGGCAGCUGGCGCUGCUGUACGCGGCGCUGUACACGGUGGCGGCGGGGGCCGGCGGGCUCAAGGCGAACGUGUCCGGGUUCGGGUCGGACCAGUUCGACGGGCGCGACCCGCGGGAGGAGCGCGCCAUGGUGUUCUUCUUCAACCGCUUCUACUUCUGCGUCAGCCUGGGGUCGCUGUUCGCGGUCACCGUGCUGGUGUACGUGCAGGACAACGUGGGGCGGGGCUGGGGCUACGGCGUCUCCGCAGUCGCCAUGGCGCUCGCCGUCGCCGUGCUCGUGGCCGGCACGCCCCGGUACAGGUACCGCCGCCCGCAGGGCAGCCCGCUGACGGCGGUCGGCCGGGUGCUCGCCGCGGCGUGGAGGAAGCGCCGGCUGCCGCUGCCCGCCGACGCCGCCGAGCUCCACGGGUUCGCCGCGGCCAAGGUCGCACACACUGACAGGCUCAGGUGGCUUGACAAGGCGGCGAUCGUGGAGGCCGAGCCGGCGGGGAAGCAGCGGGCGAGCGCGGCGGCGGCGUCGACGGUGACGGAGGUGGAGGAGGUGAAGAUGGUGGCGAAGCUGCUGCCCAUCUGGUCCACGUGCAUCCUCUUCUGGACGGUCUACUCCCAGAUGACCACCUUCUCGGUGGAGCAGGCCACGCGCAUGGACCGCCACCUGCGCCCGGGCUCCGGCGCCGGCGGCUUCGCCGUCCCGGCGGGCUCCUUCUCCGUCUUCCUAUUCCUCUCCAUCCUGCUCUUCACCUCGCUCAACGAGCGCCUCCUCGUGCCGCUGGCCGCCCGCCUCACGGGCCGCCCGCAGGGGCUCACCUCGCUGCAGCGCGUCGGGGCCGGGCUCGCGCUCUCCGUCGCCGCCAUGGCCGUCUCCGCGCUCGUCGAGAGGAAGCGGCGCGACGCGGCCAACGGGCCGGGCCACGUCGCCGUCAGCGCCUUCUGGCUCGUCCCGCAGUACUUCCUCGUCGGCGCCGGCGAGGCCUUCGCCUACGUGGGCCAGCUGGAGUUCUUCAUCCGCGAGGCGCCCGAGCGGAUGAAGUCCAUGAGCACCGGCCUCUUCCUCGUCACGCUCUCCAUGGGCUUCUUCCUCAGCAGCUUGCUCGUCUUCGCCGUCGACGCCGCCACCGCGGGCACGUGGAUCCGGAACAACCUCGACCGCGGCAGGCUCGACCUCUUCUACUGGAUGCUGGCCCUGCUCGGCGUCGCCAACUUCGCCGUCUUCGUCGUCUUCGCCAGGCGGCACCAGUACAAGGCCACCAGCUUGCCGGCGUCGGUGGCGCCCGACGGCACCGGGCACAAGGAGAUGGACGACUUCGUCGCAGUCACGGAGGCCGUGGAAGGAGUGGACGUGUAGGGCGCGCAUGUCAGGCUCACACUUCAUCGGUGGGUGGCCUCUGCUGUUUAAUUUUGCCUUUGGGUAGUUAGAUCAACAAGAUAUUGAAUUGGGCAUGAAGGCUGAACACCAUGUGUGUGCAUUACAGUACCCAACCCAAACUCUAACAUAGCAUCGUUAUAACUUAUAAUGGCUGCGUUGUAAUGUGGCGUUAGGCCAUGUUCACUCUAAUACUACCUCAGUCCCGAAAUAUAAUUCAUUUUAGUCUUUUAAUGAAUUCAUACAA